AUGACUAUGAGUAAUAUUAGUGGUGGAAGUAACUCUUUACAUCAAACACAACCUUCACAUAAUUACCACUCUCAUCACCAACAACAACAACAGCAGCAACAACAACAACAGCAAACUAAUACACAAGGAAGAUUAUCAUACCAUGAUAUCUUUGAAACUUCUCAUGGAGAUGUGUUUAUAGUAUCAUCAUUAUCAACUAAAAAAGAUACACAAAUUGUUAGAAUUGAGGGUAGAUGUGGUAUGUUGUUAUUUGAAGGUAUACCAGGAGUCGAUAUUUUCCCGUCACACAGACAAGCAGUAUCAUACUUAAAAAAGAAACAUACAUUAAAAUCAAAUAUUAGAGUUUUAGCAAUUUUGGGAUACAUCAUAUCAGAAAAAUCAUCACAUUUAUUAGUAGCAACAAAAAUUAGAAACGAAGGCGAGUUAUUAGGUUGCUACCCCAUUAAUACAAUUAUCGAAACAUCAUGGAUUAAAAUCGAUUUGUCAUAUUUAUCAUCUUAUCAAUCAAAUGAGAUUCAAAAUGAUGAGGCAUGGACUACAACAUUUGUUGAAGAAACUAAUAUAGAUCCAUCAGUAUCAUCAUCAACAAGUGGAGCAUUGCUGAAUAAUAAUUCAUUUUUAAAUAGUUUUUCAUCAUCAUCAUCACCACCAUCAUCAAAUGCAAAUUACAAUAAUAGUAAUAAUAGUGAUUUACCAACAACUGCAACUUCUUCAAAUAUAACAUCAAAUGACCCAACAGUUAAAGAGAUUUUAAAAGAUUUACAAACAUUCCCAUUCGAUGGUACCCAUUUUUAUUGUGAAAAUUAUGAUUUAACAAAUUAUUUCCCAUCAAAUUAUAAUACUACACCAUUUCAAUAUUGCUCAGAAUUUGCUUGGAAUGAAUGGAUGAGAAAGCCAUUUGAAAAUGCCUCAUUAUCACAUUUAUGUGUUGUAUUACUACAGGGUUAUGUUUCAAUUAAACCCUUAUCAACUUUAAAUGCAUCUAUUGGAUAUAUUAUGAAAAGAUCUAAGUUAAAUCCAGGUACACAUUUUUUUUCACCAGGUAUCAACGAAAAUGCAAGCCCAGCAAAUGAAUAUGAAAACGAAUUAAUUAUGUGGAAAUAUGAAGACCAACAGAUAAUAAUAUCAUCACCAGAUUCAUCAAAAAAUAAUAAUAAUGCAAACAAUAAUAAUACAGGUGUAAAUAGUAAAGAUUCAAAAGAUGUAAAUAAUAGUGAUAACAGUAAUAAUAGUGACGAAAAAAAACAUAAAGAAGACGAGAAGCAUGAAAAUCAUGAUAAUUCAAAAAAAGAAACAAAUUUAAAAAAUGAAAAUAUAGUUUUUAAGAGUGGCGAUAAAGUUAUAAAAUGGACAUCACAUAUAUGGAGAAGAGGUACAGUACCAUUAUGGUGGAGAGCAUUUUCAAAGAAUCAAGGCAACGAAAUUGAAUUGUUUUUAAAGGAUCGUGGUAAAGAUAAUCCAAAUCCAUUCGAAAAAUCAGAAAUUUACUAUCAAAAUCUAUUAAAUCGUUAUCAAAAAUUCUAUGAAUAUAAUAAAGACUCAAAUCUAGCUGGUAUACCCUCGAUUCAAUUGGUAGAUUUAUUAAAACAAGAAGGUGAUAAGCAAGAGCUUAUUCUAUCUCAAUUAUAUCAAAAGUGCUGUGAAAAUGUUAUCUCUUAUUUAAAUGUAGAUUUACAAAUUUAUUCAUUCGAUUGGAUUAAUAGUUUAAAAAAUAAUAAUGGCCACUUAACAAAAACUGUUCAAAUGUUAUGGGAUUCAACAAAAUCAGCAUUGGAUAAUUCAGGUUUUUCCUCUGGUUUAAUAAAGCCUUUUGAUAGUAACAGCAAUAGUAAUAAUAAUAAUAAUAAUAUGUCAUCACCAUUUUUAAAAAAUAGUGGUGGUAUAAAUAAUAAUAACCCAAACAUUAUUAGUCCAUUGUUAAAUCAAGUCAGUGGAUUUAAUAAUUUAACAAUAGCAUCACCAUCAUUAACAAACAACAGUGGUGAGUUUAAUAGUUCAGUGACACCACUAUCUCCAUCAUCAUUUUCAAUAAUAAAUAACUCUACAACCUCAACUCCAUCACAAGCUUUUACACCACAAAGUUCAUUUUCACCAUUAAAUUCAUAUAAUCAAACACCAACAGCAUCAACAUCAAAUUUACCAACUACCCCACAAUUAAUAUCAUUAUCAUCAAGCUCAAAUUUAAAUAGCAAUAUAAAUAACAAUGAAAAGAAGUUAUUAUUUUUAAACUAUAAGCCACAAAAAGAAAUUAUAAGAUAUAGUUGUUUAGAUUCAUUGGAACGUGUCAAUAUUGUAUUAUUUUUUAAUUUUUUCCAAAUCAUUUCCAAGAUGGGAUCAGAGCUUGGUAUUCAAUCAUUUGAUGACAUGAUAUCAUUUGGCAGUUCAAGUUCGUUAGAGUUCAUGCUAAGUAGCUUUAAAAAUUUAAAAAUAUUUAAUGCAUUGGUCGAAUUUUAUGUUGCAAGUGCCGAUAUUUGUAGUAUAUUAUAUCAUAACAAUCCAUCACCACCCUCACCAGUAAUGAGAGAGCUCAUUCAAGCAACUCCUGUAGCAUCAACAAGUCAUUUACUAUCAAGCCAAAGAAAAUAUCAAAAUAGUCAUACAGAUGAAAAUCGUAGUUACCAGUAUUUAUUAUUCUUGGGUAAUUGCUUUGGUUUUAGUUCACGUUAUUUCCCUUUUAACUCAAGUAUUGGGAAAGAUUUGUCGCCCUAUUGGAUAUCAAGUGCACCAUCGAGUUGUGUCAAGACAUUACCAAGUUUAUUAUCAAGCUAUUUAAAUCCCUCCAUUUUAAUUCGAGACAUUGAUGAUUUUUGUUGGAUUUUUCCCAAUGAUACAGAUUCUGUUGAAAUGGUAAUUUAUCUUAGUCAGCCAAGCGUAGUUACCGAAAUUUGCAUCACUGUGGCCCAUGGUACAAGCUCAGAUAGUUUCCCACAGUUAAUGGAUAUCCAAGUCGGUAAUUAUUUAAAUGAUUUAAACUUUGUACUUCAAGAUAUCGAAAUUCCAAGAUGCACAACUGGAACCAAGUUAUGUUAUAUUUUAUCAAAUUCUCCAUGGGAUGCAUAUUCAAAUCGUUUAAAUAAUAAUAUCCUUAGUGGUGGUAUAACAUUAGAUAGAUAUUUUAACAGAAUCGUAAAAAUUAUAUUUAGUGGUAAACACAAACCAUUAACUAUCGGGAAAGUUGAAGUAUUUGGUUAUCAUUCCAAUAGUUAUUUCAGUAAUAAUAAUUCAUUUAGUCUCAAUAUUAAUCCAACCUAUAGAAAUUCUAUCGAUAAAAACAAUAGCUCAAACUAUACCCAGUUAAUAAACAACGAUAUCUAUCAAUCAAUGGAAAGAAAAAAACAACAACAAAAAAAUACUCUUAUUACCAAUACAUUCAUAAACUAUCAAAUUGAUAAUUUAUUGGUAUUAUUAAAUAAUAGUAAUAAUAGUAGUGGCAAUGGUACUGGUAGCAGAGGCAAUAGUAGAAGCAAUAGUAAAAAUAAUAGUAAAAAUAAUAGUUUUAAUGAUAUUUUAUCGGUUAUGAAAAAAUAUAAAUCGGGUCAAUCUUCUCCAACUACUUCACCAAACUCCUCAAUUAACUUAUCAUCUCCAACAAAAGAAAAAGAAACCAUUUUAAUAAACGAUCAACAACCUCAACAAGAUGAAUAUACAGACCAGGAAGUAAAUAGAAAUAAGAAACUAUUGGACUCACCAAUCAUAACCUCACCAGAAAUUUUAUCUUUAAAAAAACUAUCAGAUAAAGAUGAAAUUGUUCUUUAUAAUGAUUAUGGUGACGAUAAAAAAGAGCAAUCACAAAAUCAAGACCAAAAAAAUAUUGAAACUAUUCAGCUCAAUUUAAAUGACUCAAACUCACCUAUUUCACAAUAUACAUUUUUGGUUAAAAGAAUUUUAAAUUUAAAUAAUGAAGGAAAAACAAUAUCAUUUUUAGAGGCAUUGGAAUUAGAAUGUAAAAGAAUUCAAUUGAAUAUAUCACCACAAGAAAGAGACUCUUUAUUAAAAUCACUAUCAAUAUCUAGCAAUUUACUAAAUCCAGAAAGAUUUAUAUUUGAAAGAGAUGAAAAAUUAGAGGUUACAGUGAGAAAGAAUAGUAAAUACAAAUCUUCCAUUUGCCAACGUCCACAAUGUGGCAAGCCACUAGCGUUCUUGGAUAAAAUUAGACAUCAACAAUGCUCAUAUUGUUAUAAAAGAUUUUGCCCUGCUUGUGUUUCCCCUAAUCAAAUGAAGAUCUUUGAAUUUGAAAGUCCAAAACCAAUUGCAAUUUGUAAUAGUUGUUCAAUUUUGAUUGUAAAGCAAGAAACACUAUUCCAAAAAAUUCAGAAUGCAGAUAGAAGUUUUUAUUUAUCAAAAUCUAAAUUCAAAUUAUCGUUUUAUCAAAAAGUAUUAUUGGACCUUCAUUUCAAUCAUAACAAUGUAAAUACAAAUGUAAAUAAUUUAUCAUCUCUACCCAAUAGCUACGAGUCUUUAUCAGAAACCCUCACACCAUUGGCAGAGUACCCCAAAGGAGGUAUUUUAAAGUCGGUCCCAACCUGUUCUAGUUCGCCACCAAUUGAAUCUAUACUAUUGGCCCCAACUAUACUACCAUUGAAUAUGUUUUGGAAAGCUCCUCAAGAUAUAAAUACCGUUGAUAUAGAUAUUGUUCUUUCAUACGAGUCAUUGGUUUAUUCAAUUUCAAUUAUUGUAGACUCUUUAGGUUAUCACAACUACGACGUCCCACAAAUUCAUAUUAAAGCUGGCAAAACUUUUACAAGUGAGGAUCAAUAUCAAGAUAUUGGUGAAUGGGUAUUACAUCCAAAUGGCUGGAGUUCUAGUGAUCCUAAUCUAGUAAUACAACCUCACUCUUGUGUAUCAUUUAUCUUACCCCAACCAAUUCAUGCUCGUAUUAUUUCAUUAAAGUUUACUCUACCUUCAAUCCCAACAUUUUUAAGUUUAGGUUCAUUAUCAAUGCCAACUAAACCCCAAAUCCAUAUUGGUAGAAUAGCAGUUCAUGGUGGUUAUUCUGACUCUUUAUCUGAAAUUUCAACUUGGUCAUUCUCUUCUUUGCCUCUUUCCUCUGAAGAUAAAGAUAUAUACGAGAAUACUCUAUAUUCUUCAUCUUUUAUAGCACAAAAAAGAAAUCCCUUAAAAACAAAUAUUACAAUUAAAUCACCCAAAACAAUUCAUAUCACUUUAAACCAAUCAAAUAUAAAUUCAAUUAGAGGUUUUAGUUUAAUAAUAACUCAUAAUGAUUUAGAUGGUGUUAAGUCUCAAAUUAAAGGUAUAUCAAUAAGUUAUUAUAGCACAAAUCAAAAAAAUGAACUAUCUUGUGAACAACAUUUAACUCAAAUUUUAGUACCAAAGUGCAGACAAUCUUCCACACUAUAUUAUGAUUUCCCAGCACCAUUGCCCACAAGUCAUAUAUUAUCUUUUGAAUUUAUUUCAAACUAUGGUGGUAAAACUACAUCAAUACCCAAAGUAAAUUUAUUUUAA